UUGCGCGCGUCUCUAUGACGAAUCUUUUACCGUGCAAACACUCGCGAGGCCCAAUCUCCGCGCAGACAACGCUCGCCAAUGCCAGCGCUGGCUCCUCCCCGUCUCGAAGGAACGAAUUAAAUUCUGAGCUUGUCGCCAUCGGCCAUCCGAAGCACGUGUGCUCGAUGCAGCAACAGGGCAAUCCGAUGAGGCAAUGCGAAACCCCUUACAAUACGAGCGUCCAAACUUUGAACAUCGUACCUAGCUUGCAAAUGAACGUGUUCGAGGCGAGUUGAUCUGCUCCGUCACGGUACCCACGUGUCAUCGCCGAACACUUAUUGCCUCUUGGCAGACAUACGCGCCGUUCGAUUCACGCGGGGCGUAAACCAGUUCCGCAACGUCCUUCCCUCGCCCGUCUCUGUCUGACUUAGUUUUUUCUUUCCUUCCUUUUUUUUUUGCGUGUGCGCGUGAGGUGGAAAGGCCAUGACCGCGGUAUACGGGUUUCAAAACACUACAGCGUGAGUGGAGACACAGACCUCUUGGCACCAUCGCGGCCUUCGUUUUGAGGCUAAUUUGACAUCGCUCUUUUAUUCUAUCCUUUCUUUCCUUGACGACUAUUCCGCAUUAAAUACCCCGCGCAUGCGUGACUACCGUUCAGUUUGAGUGAGACACUAGGCGAGAUCGCGCGUGCACUCGUGAUGGCGGCCAGUCUUCAUUUGGGCCUGCUCGUUCUGGGCACUGUGUCACUGCUUGGCAGAUGCGAGUUGAAACUCAACGCCGGCUGUAAAGUCGAGACCCUGAGGGCUUGCGGAGACGACUACGUGCCGUAUAAGAAAGGACCGCACCUGCACGAAUCUGGACAAGAGUUCGACGAGGGAUGCAAGAAGGACAGGACGCAGAUCCCUUGCACGCUCAAGUUCAUCAACGAAUGUACUGAUGGAUUACCGAAAGCCUCGGCACUGGUGGCGAUAAAGGCGUUGGAAGAGAACGUCGAGGCCAUAUGCAACGUUGGUUCGGAUCCGUACAAAAAUUACCAGAAAGGCAUCAAGUGUAUGAACUCCCAAGGCGGAAAACUUCACAAAUGCAUUAAAGACUUCGUAAGUACUAUGGAACGCGCCAUCGUCAAGGCACCUGCCAAGGAUGUCAUUCACUACACCUGCUGUUCGUACCACGACACGGUAGAGUGCCUAUCCAAAAGCCUCACGCCGUGCGAAAGCGUCGGCUCCAAGGAUUUCAUAAUCAGAGUCGUCGAGGAGAUGUUCGGCGAGACGCUCAACCUGGUGUGCGGCCGCUACACGAAGGGUUCCGAAAACUGCAAGUCCCUGCCACAGUUGCCGCGUCUGGGUGCCAAGGACCGCAGGGUCAGCAACAUCGUCGAGAUCCUCCUGGAAGCGGCUGGCACUUUGGGCCGGAAACACUAGACCCUCACGCGUGUGUAGAUGAUUAUGUUAAAGUGUGCGAGAUGACAAACUUACGGCUCGUCCGUGGGCUCGGCAUGUUCACGCUACAUUUCGUUUGCGCAUUUGUUCGGACAACUUGCAUUUCGGACGGGAGAAACGUUUAGCGAACGGAUCACCCCAGGCGUAUUCUCUCCAACAGUCAUAGCCAUCACUUGAGUUCAUCGCAGUUAGGACAAAGAAGUGUACUUCAUUUGAGUAAGGACACUUCCGUUUCUCCCCCAAGAAUUAAGGUGCGCACACAUUUAUUUAAAUGCAUUAUGCCGCGUGGAGACCGGCGCGAGAAAAAAAAAAAAAAAAACAAGGUUCCGCUCAUGAGCUCACGCAGCAAACAUCGCCAUUACCAGUCACUUUCGUGUGCCCCCCUUCCCCAUUUUUGCGAAGCAACCUCCCAGAAUAUGGAGCUCUAAGACGGAGGAGUAAAGAAAGAUUUUGGGUGGCUUGCGAGAUUGCCUUUGCUCAGCGUGUUUCUCGAUACAAUAAAUAUGAUUGAUUGUUUGA